CCCCACAUGCUUACUAAAAGUACGAAAAGUUUAGGCCCUAUAGGUACCACACUGCACACUCUAGCUAUAGUCAAGGUCUUCAGGCUGGUUGAUUUGCCUGUCCUUCUCCCCACAUGCUUGCUAAAAGUACGCAAAGUUUAGGCCCUAUAGGUACCACACUGCACACUCUAGCUAUAGUCAAGGUCUUCAGGCUGGUUGAUUUGCCUGUCCUUCUCCCCACAUGCUUACU